CCACCCAAACACCGAUCCGGUCAGGCAUAUUGCUGGGCACUUCCAGGUCCUCCUUCCUUUUUUUCGCCCCUGAGCUAGUCGACGCCAAGAUGAACGACAGUGUCACACUCAGGACUCGGAAGUUCAUGACAAACCGCUUGCUUCAGAGGAAGCAAAUGGUUCUGGAUGUCCUGCACCCUGGAAAAGCAACAGUCCCCAAGACUGAAAUCAGGGAGAAGCUUGCCAAAAUGUACAAGACCACGCCUGAUGUGGUGUUCGUCUUUGGUUUCAAGACUCAAUUCGGUGGCGGCAAGACUACAGGUUUCGCCAUGGUCUACGAUUCACUGGACUAUGCCAAGAAGAAUGAGCCCAAAUACAGACUGGCCAGACACGGCCUCUAUGAGAAGAAAAAGACCUCCAGAAAACAGCGCAAGGAGAGAAAGAAUAGAAUGAAGAAAGUACGCGGCACCAAGAAAGCCUCUGUUGGUGCUGCUGGCAAAAAGAAAUGAGAUGUCAGGAAAAGUGAGACCUUCAGUGGAGAUGAUCAUCCUGAAUGUUCUUGUAUAUUGUCCGCAAAUAAAUUUCUAAAAGGA